UACAAACCACGCGUAGCGACCCGUAGCAAUUCGUAGCAACCUCGUAGCAUGCGUCUGAAAAUUGUAUUCUAACCAUAUUUCGAGCAACUCGGUUACGUCAUCAGUUUUCAGGCCGCGAUCAUUAGUUAUUAGGGUAAUUUAAUAAACACCCACCGAAGUUUUGUCUCUUUGUCUAGGAUUAUAUAAGCCCCGCCUCCGCCUGCCUUAAUUUUCGAAAGCUCCACCCCAGCGCCGGGGGAUGAAGGACACACUCGCUCAGACCCCAGUUUUGUCAACACGUUAUAAACGUUAAAUUAAUAACAAUAAGGUGAAUUUUGUUUUGCCACGAUAUUUUCGUCACCAGACUCACACCAAUAUGGACGCGAGUAAGUGACCACCCCUUGUGGUAUAAAAUUAUUAUAAGCGGUCCACGCAGAUUCAGUUGAGAUUCGAUAUCGGGCGAGAUAUAAUUGUGGGAGAACCCUACUUAGUGUUUGUGAAAUGUCUGCUACUAGGACCCAGCUCGCCGACUCUUCGACUUCACCACCGCUGAGUGAUUCCCGUCGACUGGAUUACAUGGGUCUGAAGUUCGCGUAUGGGGACGGUUCUGAUGAUGAGGGGUCCUCGCUGACUGCGGAACUGCCGUCGUGUGUGUAUGCUGCAGCCAGGAGCCGGCUUCAGCUGCCUCUAGCUGCUUACGUGCAUCAGCACUCGAGGCAGUUGCACUCAGAUGUGUUGUUGGACACGUCAACGGAGCCCGAGUACCAGUGCGGGGGCUCGCCGUACCGCGUGCAGCGCGCCGCCGCUAACGUCCGCGAGCGCCGACGGAUGCUGAGGUCCGGACCCAAUGGCAGUAUAAACUCGGCGUUCGAUGAACUGCGCGUGCACGUGCCGACGUUCCCGUACGAGAAGCGGCUCAGCAAGAUUGACACGCUCCGACUGGCCAUCGCAUACAUUGCGCUGCUUAGAGAGGUGUUGGAAGCUGAUUAUGACCCUCUGACGUACGUGGAAAAGUGUCUCCGGGGUGAGAUAAAAGCUGACCGAGCUCAUUGGAAUACAAGCGAUCUGACUGCGAGGCUAUCGUGGAUCAACUGGGAGAAUCUCGGAGUGAAUCCUCAGCGACGCAGCGUACUCACAUCACUUGCACUCAGUUCAGAUAAUCUACAGUACGGACAUAACUAAAUUAUUGUUUUGUUCCGAGUCGCUUGAAAAGAAACGAUUUAAUACUUCAUCUAAUAAUAUUAAUAAGGUAGUGUUUUGUGGCAUCGCGAUGUCCUGCCAUUGAUUUCUCGCUAGAUUACAGAACCUGGUUCUGAGAAGACACAAACAUUUGUUUAGUACGAAUAAGAUAACAAGCUAAUGCCACUGCCUACAAUUUAUUGGGAUUUUUCUAGAGGACCGUAAGAAGAGAAUAAUUCUGUCAGGGUGCGUAUUUACCUAUAGGCUUAGUUUGCCGGGAAUGAACAAAUCUGCAGGUUCACUGUACCUAAUUUCUUCUUUCUAUAGCAUUGUUCUGUAGCGUUUAGUUUUCACAUUUUCUCUCUUUAUCUCAAGCAUUUUCACAAAAGCAAAUCAGGCUAUUAGUUGAGUGUUAAGUGUUCACAAAGAUUCACGAUGAAGGUACGCAGACACCAUCGUGUGUCAGCGUCGACAAUAGCGCUUGAACGCCUUCAAGUUUGCCCUCAAAGUCAAUCUGUACUGUUUUAUAGAAAUACCCAAACUGACCUACUUUAUAAAAUCUAUAUGAAGUUGUUUUUGUAGCAGGUUUAUGGGUAGAAGUAGGUACUACUAAUGUUAGUUCUAACGAUUGCUGAUUUAACUUUAAGAACUUCUACCUUAUAUGCAGGCCAUUGCAGGCUUAGGGUUUUGGUUAAUAUCUAUGUGUACCGAUGCCUAUGUAUAAUUAUGUAUAUGGUCGAGAAUAGUGUUUUUUCACACCUUUUGGUUGCCGGUUACGGCGUACGAGAGCCGAGGGCUAUAGCCAUGUGAAACUAACGUCGUGGUAUGACGGCAACCGAAGUGAGUGAAAAGGCUUUCAGUGCAGUUUUCAGAUUUCCUACCUAUUUGAUACUAGUUUCAAAUUAUAUGUAUAGUAUAGUCUACAUAAAGGUAAUGAGUUAUGUCCCAAACCACAGUGACAACUUUAAAUAUUACGUAAUGUUACUAGAACGCAUAGGUAUAUUUUCGUAAGGAUAGCUGAAAGCUUAGUACGAAUUUGUUUCACGUUUAACGAGAUCGAAACGAGAGCGCGUCAGCAAACUUAUACUAAGGGUAAUGAUUGGUUGGUUCAUUCGCGCCGUCCAAUCGGAGCGCGGAACACGCUCUCGCUUCGAUUUCUAUAAACUUAAAGCAAACUCGUACUAAGGGUACUGUUGAAAUUAGAAUAGAAUCAGUUUAGGAUUCAGUUGUUUCUAUUCCACAUGUUUAUCUAAUAAUAUUCUGCUAUUAAUUGUUAAUGCUAGUUGGGUAGGUAGGUACUGCUUUCCGAAAUGGUUGCUGAACAUUUAAAUAUUUGGAAUAUAACUCAAACUCUAAGUAACUCAGUAUUAAUUGGCUUGAUAAUAUUGUUUGGGAGCACGGAAUGAGAUCGCACCAAAAUUAGUUAUCAUUUUCAUAUUGUGUUAUACCUAUCCAUUGUUAAUAAUUAUAAAAAGCAAAAAUUUAGAAUUUAUUAGCUGUGCAAUAUCUAGUGCUAAGUUAUACACUUGUAAUUUUAACUAUUAUUGAAAUAAAAUUUAGCAAUAUAUUGGA